AUGCCUCACGCAACCUCGAAAGCCGGAGAGGCCGAGGCCGACACCGACUUUGACGAUGUGAUGCGCCAGCUGAACAAUUUCGAGAGCAAUGCCAACAUGGACUUCCUGGACCGGGAUCUGGAUGUUGGCGAGAAGGCGGAUGAUGCAAUCGACUAUGAAGACUUUGAGGAUGAUGACCUACCAGAGGAAGAGACAAUGGGAGCAUCGGCCCCGGCCCUGCCUCCUGUGGAUGACGGCGGUCAAGAUCCUUUCGCGAACCUGGGCUCAGAUGACGCCGCGCUGUUUGGAAAUGGCGAUGAUCUCUUCGGCGACCCAGGUGAGGGGGCUCAGCCCCAGGACGACAACCUCGAUGACCUCUUUGGCGAAGGCUCGUUUUCGCCGCCUCCUGCUGGACAGGAUGAUCCUACCCGGGGCCUAUUCGAAGACGAAGAAAUGCCAUUGACAGAACAGCCAGUCGAACUUCCAAUCAUUCCACCAGCGCCUGAACCGGAGCCACAGCCCGACCCCGCCGACGAGGAUGACUUCCCAGAUGACGACAGUAUCAUGUCCGACAGCAUGAAUCCCAACGAGCUUCGCGCAUGGAAACUUCAACAGGCCCUCUUCGCCAUGUCUGGCCCAGAAAACCCACCGGCGCCACCAGAGAACCACGAAGAACUGCUGCACUCUCUUUUCCCCCAGUUUGAUCGCAAUACCCUUCCACGAUGGCUGGAAUUGAUUCCACACAAAAGAGCCAUAUUCUUCGGAAAACAGCCCACCAAAGCACCCAAGCCUGUUUUGCCCACAAAGGUCAACGUCGAACUGGCGCCUGAUCAGGAGCGUACAUUCAGAACCGGUCAACCCCUCAAGCGUGGCCUGGAUCACGAAUCUCUCGGUAUUGUGACGAUCUCACAAUCACCUCGUGAGGAUGAGGAAGUGGACACGAACGAAGAUGUUGAGACAGGUGAUGGUGAUUUGGAUGACGAAGAAACACUUCCCGGUGGCUUCACCAUGCAAGAUCUUCGGACCAUCUGCGUGGACUGGGACGUCAAAGACGAACUUUCUGUUACGGAUGCCGAUGACCAGACCUCACAACAGAACAAGGAUGGCUUUGAUGUCGACGAUGACGAUGAUUGGCUAAUGGAAGCUGAAGCUCCUAGCAAAAAGCGCAAGACUGGCCCAACCCCCAUGGAUGUCAUUGCGCUGUCACAUAUCGAUGUUCCAUUACUGGAUGACCCUGAACAAGCGACGAUGAAAAUCGCGAAGAGAGUAACUAUCGAUCUCAACGACCCCAACAUUCUUGUGGAUGAAUCGAGGGCAGACGCCAUCGCCAACAAGCCCAAACACGCUGCUCCUCGUACCAGAGAUGAAGUGGACUUGAAUCUGACCCGCCGUCUAACCCAGCGAUACAACAUCUCGAAUGACCAAGCAUACGACAUGCUCAAGCAGAACCACCAGAACAAGAUUCGUAGUACUCUUGGCAAUGUGACACUUGAGCAUGCUCUCCCAGCUCUGCGUCUUCAGUGGCCAUACUACAAGACUGAGCUGGCCAAGGGUGAAGCCAGAUCAUUCCACCGACCCGCCAUGAUAUUCCGCCCCGGACAGACAUCGUGGUUCAAGAACCCUGUUCAUGUCAAACGCAAGCAACUACGCGGUCGGGACGCCAAAAAUGUCUUUGACUCUACCCAAUCGUUGUCUAUGGGAGACAAUUCCCACGUUCUUCUAGUGGAAUACUCCGAAGAAGUUCCCAUGACGCUAGCAAACUUCGGAAUGUGCAACCGCUUCAUUAAUUACUACAGACGCAAGAACAUCGAUGAUCCUACUCGCCCAAGGGCCGAGAUUGGUGAAACAGCGGUUCUUCUGCCUCAAGACAAAAGUCCCUAUUCGAUUUUCGGCCACGUUGAUCCCGGCGAAAUCUCCCCCGCGAUCUCCAACUCCAUGUACCGAGCACCGCUUUACCCACACCAAAAUAAGCCUACAGACUUCCUUGUGGUUCGUAGCACCACCGGUGUCGGCGGCAGUACUUACUACCUGCGUAACAUCGAGAAUUUCUAUGUUGCCGGACAACAAUUCCCCUCUGUCGACAUUCCUGGCCCGCACUCACGAAAAGUGACCACAGUCGCAAAGAAUCGCAUGAAGAUGCUGGUCUACCGCUUAUUGAAGAAAAGUCCGGAUGAACGACUUGCAAUCAGUGAUGUUACAGCCCAUAUUCCCAACACCACGGAUAUGCAAAACCGACAGAAAGUCAAGGAUUUCUUGCAACACGACAAAGACACAAAAUACUGGAAACCACUGGACCCGACCCUUCCAGAUCAGGAUACCAUCCGCUCCUGGGUCCAACCUGAGGAUGUUUGUUUGCUGGAGUCCAUGCAAGUUGGCCAGCAACAUCUUCACGACACAGGAUAUGGUAAUGAUGCCGAGACUGGUGGUGACAACGAUGAAGACGAAGAAUUUGAGAGCUUCGAGCAGCAAAUGGCUCCUUGGAAGGCAACCCGCAACUUCUUGCUAGCAUCUCAAGGCAAAGCCAUGCUGAAACUUCAUGGCGAAGGAGAUCCUACUGGCCGUGGUGAGGGUUACAACUUUAUCAAGACAAGCAUGAAGGGUGGGUUCAAGGCCAUCGGUGAAAGUGUUGAGGAUAAACUCGACGCACAGCGAUUGAAGGAGCUUGGCGGUCACAGUUACAACGUUGCUCGACAGCAAAAAUCAUACGAAACUUCCAUCCGCCGCAUCUGGGAUGCUCAAAAGGAAAGCUUGUCCUCUACCAUCGAGCAUUCGGAUCAGGAGAGCGAUAUCGACCAAGAAGAAGAUUAUCAGGAGCAAUUCAACAAGCCGACGCCACGAUCAGAAGCCCCCACCCCGGGCCCAUACCGUCGUGAUGACGAGACCACCAGUCAGUUCAGUAAGAUGAGUUUCAACAGCCAGCGCGGGAAAGUACUGCGCAUCACCCGCCAGGUCAAGCUCGACAACGGCGAAAUUGUGGAGAAAGAACAGCUAGUCUGGGAUCCCCGCGUCAUCAGGCAGUACAUCCAACAUCGCCACACCCACGAAGCCAUGCACACAAAGCUGGAAUCGCUGCAGCCUACCGGCGACGCCGAGGUCGACGCUCGCAACAGAAAGCUCAUCGAGGCCGAGCUCAGUCGUCUCAACCGCAACAAGGAGCGCCGCUUUGCCCGAGAGAAGCAGAAGGGUAUUCCUCGUGCCGGCGAUCCGGAUGGCAAGCCCGCUGGCACCCAGCGCAAAUGUGCCAACUGUGGUCAAGUCGGACAUAUCAAGACAAACAAGAAGCUUUGCCCUCUGCUGAACGGUACCAUGAAGCCUGAGGACCGUGUCACGGAUUCGGCGUUCUCCAUGAGCGCCCCGGUUCUGUGA